AUGAAACUAUGGAGUCAUAUGAACGAGUUACUUCUUUCUCUCUCUCUCUCUUUCCUUUUUCUUGUUUUAUCUGAUCGUGUUUUAUUUGAGCAUCUGCAUUGCAUUUUGGUGGCUAUCUUAUUCCAUUUUAUCUUGGUUUCCCUUCUCCCGACCAACCUCAACCUAUCGACUAUUUUCCUCAAUAUUUUCAUUUCAUGUCUGCAUCCGCCUAUAUACAUAACAUACCCUCCUACAACAGUCUACUUAGCGCCCGACUCAGUUACAUUAACGUUUGUUUACGCGAUACCGAUUCCCCUGUUUCUACGAUUCUACCGACAGAAUAUUAGCCUAGAUUAG